UGGGACUAACACACACACACACACAGUUCUCUUCUUACAGUAAUAGUACUAGUUUGUUUUUUCCUUUGUCACUGUUUAAUGCCUUUUCCAAUCUGCAGUGGUUGAAUUCAACUAUAAAGAGUCCCAAACAAGAACCAAAAAUUAUACUACUAAAGUAGUGUGCUGCUGUCUGCUUUCUUUUUUUUAUCUGACGUUGCACCUCUCUCUCUCUCUCUCCAAUGAUCUUAUCUCUAUUUCUUUCAUAUUUACAGUACUUAUUAUACCUCACCAUUUUUAGUAAAAACUAGAAUACCCACAAAGCAGAACAAUUCUGUCAUGUCAUUUUUAAAGCUCUGAGCCUGCAAGUUCUUGAAAUAACUAAAGGGUUCUUACAAAAGAUUGAAUUUCCCUGGAGUUCAUGAAGCUUUUGGAGUUCUUCUGAUUAUUUCUCAAAGUGCAAUCAAAGUGAAACUCCAUAGGUAUGUUACACGAGGUAAAAUUUGAAUAUUGGGACCUUCGUCUGAAAAUGUAUCCAAGUUUGGGAUGAACAAUAUCUGGUGAUUGUGAAGACGGACAAAGGAACGCUGUACAUGCUAUUAUACGUAUAUCCGGGGGUGAUUCAAGGAACGGCAACCAUCCAUUGAUUGAAUAGACCCUAUAGUUUGCCUAGUUUAAAUCCAUUCUCGGCUUUCGCCCAAGCAACAUGAAGCCUCCAAAUUUCAAUUUGGAAUCAGAAGACGAGUCCGAGGUCAGCAGCUGCCAAUUAGGUUCAAAUAUAUAUGUCCAAGAAACUUGUCCUGGUCCCUCCAAGGACAGCAGUACCAAUUCCUGCCUGACAAACUCUUUUAAUCUUCAGCAGGAUUCACUGCAUGUUACUCUUGACUUGACUCUGGGCUUCAACAGAAGUGAUCCCGAGUUGAACGCCAAUGGUGAGACGAGUGAUGAAGUAGUACGCCAUCCUCCAACAGCAGCAUUAUCCAGGAUUUUCUCAUGCAAUUUCUGUAGGCGCAAGUUUUACAGUUCGCAGGCUUUGGGAGGACACCAGAAUGCACAUAAGAGGGAGAGGACUUUGGCCAAGAGGGCAAUGCGAAUGGGAAUGUUAUCGGACAGGUAUGCUAGCAUGGCGUCGUUCCCCCUACACGGGGCUGCAUUUCCAUCUCUUGGCGUGGAAGCUCAUGCUUCUAUGCACCAACGAGUCUCGUACCAAGAAACACCGACACAUGCAAGUAGAGGUGGGGCGAGAUUUGAACAAGGUUAUUUCGGGAUGCCAGUAUUCGUGGAAGACGAUGAAGUGGAAAUGUUUUGGCCCGGUAGCUUCAGGCAAGUAGAGGGAAUUGGUGGCAAUCAGAGGUUUAAUUCAGGGCAAGGUUCCAACAUAAAUUUUGUAACAGUAGCUCCUCCAACUAGGACAGAUCCAUCAUUGCCUGAUCUUAAUUUGAAACUCUGAUUAAGUCUUCUCUCACAUUCUAUUCUACCUUUUGUAUCAGAAUUUUCAAUAUUGUGGUGUUACAUUAGUGCUCUAUUUGUACAGGAGAUUAGUUUUUUUGACUGUCUUGAAAUAAUUGUGGUAUUACAUUACUGCUCUUUCCUUCGU